CCCGAAGUCCCUUCCAGCUCCUUGGACCCGCUUCUGAACCGGAGAGCGGGCGGGGGGGGGCUUCCCUUCCCUCGUGCCCGGAGUGUCCUUCAAAGUGGCUUCGCUCAGCAUUGACCCUGGAGCUCCAGAAGCCGCUGAAAGAUUAUUUCAUGAACAGGAUGGAAAAGAGCUGUAAAAAUCAACAAAUUUGUUGCACUGCACUUGGAACUGUCCACACCACACUACACCGCAACACAUAGACGACGGGGCAAGCCUCCCACAAUGGGAAAAUACAGCUACUUUCCUGCAACGCAUAACCUAUGCAAUGUUAUUGGGCUACAACGCAUCAAUAAAAUCCAAAACAAGGCAUCACAAAUAUGAGCAGCACCCUCCUGACAGCACGGCGGCCGCGAUGUCAAAACACGGGCAAUACGGAGGGGCACUUCGCGGACCCGCUGCGAAACUCUUGCAGCGCACAAUGCAGAAAGCGCCCUGGAGAGGCUGAACUCCAACGCCCUCUAGGGGGUGCUGUUUUCUGAGCUGUCUUUUAUGGUUUUAAGAUUGUACGUGUUUAAUUGUUUUUAGUAUUUCCGCUAGAUGUUUUAAGAUUUCUACUGGAAACCGGCUUGGGAUACUCCAUGCAUGUAACAGUCAACUAAAAAACCAUUCCCAGCUACAGUAGCCUGGGGAUGAUGGGAGUUGUAGUUGAACAACAUCUGGGUACCAGCCUCUGCUGGCUCUCUCUCUCUCCCUCCCUCUCUCCAGGCUGGCCCUGUCCACCCUAAUGCUUGCCUUUGCUUGACGUAGCUGGGGGCCGUUGAGUUUUAAUGGGAAAUGGCAUGCUUCUAAAAGCAGCCAGUGGUGUGAGGGGGGGGUGAUGAUGCAUCUGAGUGCAGCCUCUGAGGGCGCCCUCCCUCUGCAAACUGCAGCCGGCUCCCUGCACGUGCCUCCAAGUCUCUCGCUUGAAACUCUGGGUUUCAGUCCCGCAGCGCAGCGAGGCAACGGCCCCAAGGGACCUGCGUCAGGAAGCGGAGCCGGAGACCGGAAGCAUUUGGAAAGCGACUCUGGCUUGGCAAAGGGACGUCCACGCACUGCUGGCUGGAGGCGGCGACAGACAGAACUGGCCCCUCAACACGGAGAGAGACGCCGCCUGUCUUGGCAGUGCCCGGAGGUUGCUGCCUCCCCCCCCCCCCGCGCCAGCGAAUCGCCUUUUCGAGCCGUGGCAGCACGUUCCAUCGCCUCAGAUGAUGGUUCCUCUGAACGGCCCCCUCCUCACGUGCACAAUCAUGCAGCUGUGGGGCGGCACAUCACGUGGUGUGUGGGGCCGAGCAGACGCAAGGCUGAAGUGGCCCCCUCUGUGGGCUGAAGACGCCCCUCCUCCCUUUGCUCUGUGUGGAGCGUCCGGCCAAGCAGCUUCAUGGGCCAGCUCGACUGCAGUCCUAGGAGCGGGAGGAGCCCCCCUCCCUCCCUCUCGCUCCCCCCCCAACCACGACCCCCCCCCCGCUCCAAGUUCUAUGAAGCUCCGAGUGGCCCCGCUGAAGCCGCCCUUGCCUGCGUGUGAAGGCAGCCGAGAGCGUGUGGCCAGAGGGGCAGGGUCUGCACCGCUCUCUGCCUUGCCAAAUGUCUCCACAGCGCAGGCACUGGCAGCGGGCGGGGGGGGGGGGGUCACGCGUGGCCAGGGCCUCCCUCCCCACCUCUCCCUGGGCAGCACCCGGCAGCACAGCCCUUCCCCACAGAAGAGGGCCUUUCCCAAGAAGCCACCAACGGCUUCCUCGCCACCUCCGCUCAGCUUACGCCACCCCAGGGCGGCAGGCUUGCUCAGCCGGCAGCUGCAGGCCAGAGCGGCUUCUAGCCAGAGGUUCCACAGCCCUGCCUGCCUGCCUGCUGUGCCUGCAGGCCGGCUGGCUGGCGGUGGGGUGGCUCCAGGCUGCCAGGCCCUUGCCCGCACCAUGCCUCCGCCUGUGACUGGCCAGCCCCAGGCCACCAUCUCGCCCGCCACCCAGUCCUCAGAAGGCAGCUGGAGCUCCGGCAGAUGCGACUUCUGUUCAGACUGCCCCAUGUGCUGUGUCGGAUUCUGCUGCCCGAUGGUCCUGGGCUGCUACGUGUCGCACAAGUACGGAGAGCACUGGUGCUUGGGGCUGGUGCCUGGCGGCAUGACAGCCUUACGGACUCACAUGCGGCUCGCCUAUGGCAUCCCGGGUACGGUCAUCAGGGAUGCCCUGUCCAUGUUUCUAUGUGGCUGGUGUGAGCUGUGCCGCAUGGGCCGUGAGGUGUCCACCCGCUCCCGAAGUCAGAAAGCAGAAGCAGGUCCCAAGGUGGGUCUUGAAAGGACAGUCAGCAUUUCCUUCACAGGGGCCAAAAGCCUAGCUGGACUUGGAGGGUCUCUAAGGGUCGCCCAGACAAAGACAGGAGCCGGCCCGACCCUCUGCGGCACUCGCACCAAUAAAACCCCGCUGAAGCUCCCUCGUGUCUGGGGUGGGUGGGGUCUAUGCAAAUCAGGCGGCCGGGCCGGGGGGGGGUCUAUGGAGGGCUGGCUGGGAGUUUUCCACACCUGGCUUUCAGUCCACCUCGCCUCCGGAAGGAAGAGGGGGCCUUCAGAUAUCGGCCAGAUUUACCCCGAAGUCCCUGCGAGCUCUCGGGCAGCAUUUCACACACAGUUCAGGUUUUUCCUUGCAUGUUAGAGUAUAGCCCCAUUUAUAGCUGGGAUUUAAAAAAAAAAUUGCAUCUUUGGGGGGGGCAACUUUGAACUCGCAGUAAAGCCUUGCAGAAAACCUGUGGUGAAGCCUGCUGUCUGGGGAAGCUCCUGGGGACCGAAGCCGACCCACCUGCAAGCGGCCAUCCCACUGGCUCCUCGUGGCCGCGGGGGCUGGGGCGGAGGCGGUGUGGACCAGCAAUCCACACGUGUACUUGUCCCUUUAUUCCAUGACAGCUAAGUUUCCUCAGGAGUCUUUGAUGAGGAACUUUGUCAAAAGCUUUUUGGAAGUCCAGGUAGACUAUGUCAACGGGAUCACCUUGAUCCACACACUCGUUGACACUCUCAAAGAAGUCCAAAAGGUUGGUGAGGCAAGAUUUACCUUUGCGGAAGCCAUGCUGGCUCACUCCCAGCAGGGCCUGUUCUUCUAUGUGCUUUACAAUUUUAUCCUUGAGGAUGCUUUCCAUCUAUUUGCCUGGAACGGACGUUAGGCUAACCGGCCUGUAAUUUCCCGGAUCGCCCCUGGAUCCCUUUUUGAAAAUCGGUGUUACAUUUGCAACUCUCCAGUCCUCUGGUACAGAGCCCGAUUUCAGGGAUAAGUGAAAUAUUUUAGCAAGGAGGUUGGCAAUUUCACAUUUGAGUUCUUUGAGGACUCUUGGAUGGAUGCCAUCCGGCCCUGGUGAUUUGUUAGCUUUCAGUUUUUCCAGACAGUUUAGAACAUCAUCCCUUGUCACUUCUAUCAGACUCAGCUCUCUAGCCUCCAUCCCUAAAAAGCCUGGUUCAGGAACAGGUAUAUGCUCAGUAUCCUCUGCCGUGAAGACAGACGCAAAGAACUCAUUCAGCUUCUCUGCAACCUCCAUAUCCUCCUUAAUAAUCCCUUUCACUCCCUCAUUGUCUAAUGGUCCAACUGCCUCCCUGGCAGGUUUCCUGCUUCUGAUGUACUUAAAGAAGUUUUUGUUAUUCCCCUUGAUACUUUUGGCUAAAUGUUCCUCAAACUCUC